UAUAUUUAUCAUUUAACAGGCUAAAGAACUGCAUCUUACAAGUAAAAGUGAAAUAAUAAUUAUUGUGAAAACACCAUCUGGGAAAAUGUCCACGUAUGCCACACCUUUCUUUGAAGAUCAUAUGCAGCGAUUCAUACAUUCUCCCCCCUCUAACGUUCUCAGCGCACCGCCCUGUGUUGUUACAACAACGUCGAUAUCCUCCUCUUCCUCUGUGACUACAAAUUGCUCAUCUUCAAACUCUACUGAACUUAUCUCCAACCCAAACCGUUCUUCUCCGUCUACACCUCCUAUACUAUCUUUAAAUGCACCCUCCCCACAACCUUCUUCUUCUGCCUCUCCCCCUCCUUCGUUUCCAUCUCCUCAACCUACUCUUGUACCCCCUAUCACUAACUCUAAAUUGGGAGAAAAGAAAAAGACAGCAGAUGGAUGUCAGCCGUCAAAGAAGAGAAAGACUGUAGCAUACAGGAACAAAUCCACCCAAACGGAAACAAUAAGUAAUAAAGUUCCGGAAACGUGCAAUGUGUGUUUGACCACACAGGAACGUGGACAAUGGGUUGGGUGUGACCGUACCCGAUGUGGAUAUUGGGUCCACGAUGAAUGCAUGGGGUUUUAUUUCUCCUCUAAAACUGUUGUUAAAAAAACUAAAUUUCUAUGUCCCAUGCACAGAUAA